AUGUGUGGCCGUGUCCACUUCGGGAGUGCGUGCCCGAGAGGCGGGGGCACGACGGGCGAGACGGCGGUCCACGCGGAGCUUGACACUGUGCCGGGCCGCCUCCCCGCAGGAGCCUGGAGCCUCUCGGCUGCAGCUGUGGCCAGAGCACCGAUCUCGACGCCCUCGUGGUGGCAGGCCCCUGCAGCUGACUACUCUGGGUCAGCUACGUGCGCCCAAGAGAUCCGCACCCGGCUUCGGUUUUCAGCUCCGAGUGCAGGCCGACCGACCAAACGACACGGCACAGCAGUUUGCAGUACUCGAGUGCCGAGGUGGGAGCGCGGCCGCGCGGAGUGGCUGGGCUGGGGCCGCUCGGGCGGCGCGGGCUUACCCGGCGCCCUCCGUGGAGCCGCGCCCGCGGAGCCACGCGGGCGGCGCAGCCGCAAAGGCUCUGGAAGCGGGCGCCGGCGAGUGCUGGGCGAGCGGUCCAUGGAGGGGCUGCUGGAGGGCAGCGGCCUGCUCGGCGAGCGCGGCUACCUGCGCGUGCCCCUGGCCGCCGUGGUGCGGGGCUGCGAGCGGCGCUGGGCGGAGGCGGCGGGCGCCGCGGGGCCGCUGCGAGGCGCGGGCGCGCGCCCGGGGCCCUGA